UCAGAUAUCCUUUAUAAAUAAAAUAAUAUAUUGCCAUGGGAACAAUUGAUGAAUUGGACGCAGGAAAGAAGGCAGAGAUUGGCAUGAUGUUGGUUGUAUACUUAGCAGGUGUUGUAGGCAAUCUACUUGUUAUUUUCGUAAUUUUUUAUCUCGGCGAAUAUAAGAAGAUCACGCAUUGGUAUGUACUGCAACUCGCUUUGGCCGACUUGAUAUUUCUACAAGCUGUUCCUUUUAAGAUAUCUGAAAUUACUCAUAAGGCAUGGAUACUUCCACUUUGGCUUUGCAAAGCUAAGCAAGCGGUUUUAUAUAUAAACUACUACGGAUCCAUCAUAUUUCUCACGCUUAUGGCGUUGGAUCGUUAUUUAGCAGUUUGUCACGGACUAUCAAAUCUGUCACGAAGAAUAAGGUCUCGACGACCCUGCUAUAUUAUAACUGCAAUUGCAUGGAUCGUUGCAAUUCUCAUGUGCAUUCCAGUCAUGAUGUAUGCGGAUACAGUUGGCGAUGAUCCUUAUUGUGUUUGCUCGAUUGUUUUUCCACGAAACAAACAUCAAUGGUGUGAAGGGUAUUAUAACGGCGAUGAAUACGACGUAGAGAAAUGUAUAACUGAAACAUACGAAGAACAUAUAGGAAAUGAAAAUUGUGAAAUCGAAGACGAUGAAGACAAUUCAUCAGGGUCAGGAGGAGGAUUUUCGGACUAUCUUUCUGACUAUACGGAUGCGGUAGACACAAAGCCCUGCAAACACCAUGAAGAAUACAUGGGACAUGAAGCUUUUAUUUUGUUCAACUUCAUCGUCAUGUUUAUCAUCCCGCUAAUUACAAUAUCUGUUUGUUAUACGCUUAUUAUUGUUCGUCUAAGAAGAACUGAUGCAAGAAGCCGAAGAAAUUCAGAGCGCAACGAAUCAUCUCAUUCAAGUGAAACUACGAGGGCCUCAACUUUUAUAGCCAAAAGCAGACGACGGAAAUCUUCCAGUGGGGGAGGAAAAAAACAAAAAACAAAAGUAACCAUCAUGUGUGUUGUUCUUGUCCUUUUGUUUGCAACAUGUUGGAUGCCUUAUAACGUUGUACAAACUGUAAAACUGAAAGGAAUUGAAAAUGUGACAGAGGCCUACUGCUCUGGUCUAGAUACCAUUACCAUUAUAUUCCUUUACUUGAACUCGGCUCUCAACCCUUAUUUGUAUAAUUUUCUUGGAACUUUUGGGAAAAGAAUCGGACAAAUUCGCAAACAUAGAAGAACAAAGACUCUGAUGUCGACGUUUAAACUCAACAGGGUAGGGAGAAAAUCAAAUUCAUUUGUCAGUAGUUCUGAAACUGCUAAAACAAAGAAGAGUAGCAUACCAAACGAAAAGUUCAGAGUAGAAUAUCUUCCAAAAGAAGAGGAACCUUUGACUAUUGAGAAUGUUUACGAAGACAAGCCAACGUCGUCGGGAACUCAAUUAUGAAAGAAAUGUUGUCGACGAGCUGAUAUUAGCUUUGAUCUAUUGCAUAAAAUUCUAUCCCUUAGAAUGUUUUUUUGUAAACCAAUGGUAUAUGCUGAAAGUACAGAUAAAAUACUUCUGUAUAUAAUUUGUUGCCAAAAAUUAUAAUUUGAUGACCAUAAAUCAACGUUCAAGUAAAAUUGUUUUGCAAUAUUAUUAAUUAUUGAUAUAUGUUGACUGAACAGUAUAUUCCUAAUUUGUUGCGCAAUAUUAUUCAACAGAAUACAUAAUUGCUACUUUUAUUUUUCACAACAUAUUAUCAUUAUAUAGUGCGGAACCUAUACACAACCUCGUCGUGACGGUUAACAGAACUAUCGAGGAAAAUAAACUUUUUCUACUAAAAAUUGUUAUUUUUUAUUUUUUUGGUAAGCCAGUCAGAUUUAUAUUAUCCUUGCCAAUGCAUGUAUCAUUGAUGUAAUUACCCUAAUCGUACUAUUACUUCAAUUCUGCUUUAAUGUGCAUGUGUCGUAAUUUCUCUUCAUAGCAUUUAGCCUCGCUCGCUUAGUCGCGCUGCAAGGUCUUAUUUCCGUUUAUCCAAACCUGCACAGUUCAAAUAAUGGAGUGACUUCCUAAUGCAUCAAUGAUGUUUUUUUUUGUUUAUUAUUUACCUUUACUCAUACGUAUAUUGUAAAUAAUGGCGGCCAAUUCUGACCUAAUACAUUUUGAUGCUGUCACCCUUUCCUGUUAUUACUAAAACACGAUAAAAAAGUGUGAUAUGAAUUUUACUUGACUAAUGUUAAUCGCUCAUAAUAUUUGUGGAAGUGAUGUUACAAAAAUCAAAAGUCAUCAGUCUAAAUAGAGUUCCUUUUGCUUUAUUAUUGGCAAAUUAUCUGAAAUAUUUUACACAAUUAAUACUAAUGCAGUACACAACGUCAUUAUAAAUCAAUAAGAUGAAAAUCGAACUCAUCAAUCAUGUACCGUCGUACCUACAUGACGAAGAGAACAAUUUUACUCCGAAGAAACAUUGAAUUAGUUUAUUGAUAUAUACACAAUAGUUAUAAUUGGUGUAAUUUUCCGUAAGUUGUAUAUUUAGUAUAUUUAAAUGCAUUUUCGAGAAGUUUUGCAGCAGAUGUGUAACGAAUGAGAUUGCGCUCCUUGAGUUCACUUUGAAAUUGACCUCUUCAUAUUAAUUGGAUAACAAUUUUCGGACAUUCAAAGAAUUAUGGUAUAAUCAAUAGGCCAAUUGCCCUUUUGUUUUUCUCUUUUUUAUUUCACCUUAUCACAAUUCCUCUUGCGCAUGAAUUUGACACGGUCAUUAUAAUAAUACUUUAUUGUCGUGGGAAUUUGUGAUGGAGACAGAGGACGGCAGGUGUCUUAUGUCUUUAUGUACGAAGGCUUUCGUUGUUAUUUGUAAAAACAUCACUGUUGGAAAUAUUCUGUAUUUUAUUCUAACAAAAGAAACAUCAAUUUUCAUGGUCGAUGCAGUUUUACAAUGAAGUUUCAACUAUAAUUGUUCAUUUGCUAUAAAUAUUUGUAUGUUUAAAUUUUCACUUCAAUUUGAAGACUUAUAAUGCUAAACUAUUAAACUCUUGCUAUAUUGAAUCAUAAUAUAUAUGUUUUUCGUUCGAGAAAUGCUAAUUUCUACAAUUAAAAGAUAUUGUAUUUAUUAUAUACUUAUAUAUCAGCUAUAUAUCAACUAUUCUCACUUCGUUGUUUGCUUAUUGUUAUGUAUAUUGCUUUUGUAGCAAUGGCCUAAUAUGUCCGGCUAUGCGACUCAAUAUUGAUAUUCUCGAUAAUUUUUACCAAAUUUUAUUAUUCAAAAAUAGACCUCCAAUCUAAUGAUUUUUUAAAAGAAGAUUACGUUUACGAAUGUCAAAGAUUUCACAUGUCUUUUUUUAUCUUUUAUUCUUUGCUUUGCUCGUUCUCCAUCUGAUAUAAGUUUGUCUAUUUACGUAUCUUGGCUCUAGUCAAAACUAAACAACGUGAAUUGAACGAAGGUCUUAUUUUUUUUUUAUUCAAUCUAUUUCCCUUUUGCAAGAGUAUUAACAAGACACAACUAUGUUGUCUAUAUGGAAUACUAUACGGUAAUGGGCAACUAUGAAAUUGUUGCCUUCUCCUUAUGUUUUUUUUACAUUCGAGAUAGAGUAUGGCUGAAGGUACGUUUUAGUGAGUGUCCCAUCCCUACAGCGAACCAUGUUUUCUCUGCGAGUAGCACUUACGCCAAAUGAAAAGCAAUCUUUUAAUUAGUAAAAACUUCUCACUUUUCUCUCUUUCCCUAUUUGCGAAUUUAUAACAUUGACAUUUUGUUUGAGAUAUUUACUCGUAACUAUGAUUACUUUUAUUGUCUUGGGAAUAUAGACAUGAAGUGAAAAAACAGGUGUCACGAUAAUGCGAACAAGCCGGCUGUGUCUGUUUGGCGCUUUUCAUAUUAUAAUCGUGUUAAGCGUGCUCAAAAAUCACGGCAGUCAUCUGCCCAUCAGAUGUUAAAGUUACCUGACACAACGCUUAAAAAAUGCAUUUUUUUUUUCGAAGUAAAUUAGCUGAUUGGCAUAUGGCUUCUUCUUGAAAUAUUUAGUGAAACAUUGAGUGCUGUAACAACUGACGCAACUUUGAUAUGAUCUAGAUUCUAAAAUAUACAAAGGGGAAAU